AUGUACAAAUCGGUGAACUGUGCGAGAGUGGAGGCCUGUCUAAUUUUGGCCUUUGUGCUUCUCAGCGUUCAAGGGGAGUACCCGUUUAGGAAUCCUUCACUGCCAGCAAAGUUCAGAGUGGACGACUUACUGACCCGCCUUACAAAUGAGGAACUCAUACAACAAGUUUCCAAUGGUGGAGCUGGUCUGCAGCAUGGUCCAGCUCCGAGUAUUCCUCGAUUAAAUAUCAGUGCGUACCAGUGGCGGACCAAUCCUGCAGACGGAAGAAUAACGCCCUUCCCACAACCUGUGAAUUUGGGAGCUACGUUUGACGUUCACACUCUGUACCGGGUUGCCAGAGCGACUGGUCUGGAAAUGCGAGCCCGCUGGAAUCAAGCUAAGUCGAAAAACAAGUAUCGCGAUGGUACUGGCAUCCAUUUGUUUGCUCCUGUUGUCAAUCUACUGAGGCAUCCAUUAUGGGGAAGGAAUCAAGAAACAUUCGGAGAAGAUCCGUUUAUGGUUGGGAAGCUUGCUCGAGCCUUUGUUCGAGGACUAGGUGGAUGGAAGAACGCUGAACCACAGUCAUCAGAUGAACAAAAUCUAUCAUCACAGCCUGACGUUCUUUUGGUUGGGGCAAAUUGCAAACACUUUGCGGUCCACACGGGGCCAGAAGAUUUCCCUGUUUCACGGCUAUCGUUUGAAGCCAAUGUGACGGGCGUGGAUCUGUGGCAGACAUAUUUACCAGCAUUUCGCGCUUGUCUCGAGGCAGGAGCAGUAAGCGUCAUGUGCGCAUAUUCGGGAAUCAACGGAACUCCGGACUGUAUCAACCAUUGGCUUCUUACGGAGUUGCUCCGUCAAAAGUGGAAGUUUAAAGGAUUUGUGGUGACAGAUUGUGGAGCUCUCCAGUUUGUCAUUUGGAAACAUCAGAUUUUCAGUCACUACAAUGAGACCGCAAUGGCGGCAGUUAGAGCAGGAGUAAAUCUGGAAAACUCGGUGAUGUAUGCAGAACAAGUGUUUUCGACUUUACCACACUUGCUCGCCUCUGGUUCUUUAUCACGUGACCAACUUAUUGAAAUGGCCAGACCGCUUUUCUUGACCCGAUUGAUGCAAGGCGAAUUCAAUCCGGUUGAAAUGGAUCCAUAUCGAUUACUGGCGCCUGAAGAGGUCAUCCUGAACAAAGACCACCGCCGUGUCGCCUUGGCGGCCACGGCAAGGAGUAUCGUUCUUCUUCAGAAUCGAGAUCGUUUUUUGCCCCUGAAGGAUAAUGUAGCCGAUUCAGGAGGUCCGCUUCGACACAUUGCCAUCGUCGGACCAUUCGCCACAUCGGUUACUGAACUGUACGGACAUUAUCGAACAGUUCCUGAGCCCGAAAUAGAGGUCCCUCUUAGCAAAGGUUUAUCUCAACUAUCCCGUCGAAUGCAUGCUAGCGACAUCUGUACCGAUGGCGGUCGGUGUUCCAGUUUAAACAACGAGGCGCUGCAUUCAACUCUGGGUUAUGAUGAUCUGGAUUUAAUCGUACUGUCGGUAGGGACUGGAAGCGAGGUUGAAGGGGAGAAUAUGGAUCGUCAGAAUAUCACUCUUCCUGGAAAACAGCCGGAGCUACUGGAACAGACGCUCAAACUCGCUGCUGGCCUUGGGCUGUCAAGGCGGACAGUGCCCAUUAUUUUGCUUGUCUUCAGUGCCGGCCCGAUCAACAUAUCACGGGCAGUGGAGGACGAGAAUGUGAAAGCUAUCUUUUGGUGUGGAUUUCCGGGGCCUCUGGUUGGUGACGCAAUGAAGCAUUUGUUGCUGGGAAGUUCCGGUGAACUUUUCGGCCCAUCCAAGCCAAUAUCCGUUGGGUUUCAUUCCUUCCGGGAGGUGUACAGAUGGGAUUUCAUACCCGAUGACGGCUAUUGGUGGAUUCCUGCCGCGCGUCUUCCAUUCACCUGGUAUGAAUCAAUCGACCAGUUAGCCAAUAUAACCGUGUAUGAAAUGACCAAUCAGACAUAUCGAUAUCUUCCAACUCAGUGUCGUAUGUCAAACGAAGAUUGUAGGAUCCCUGUGCUUUAUCCUUUUGGAUAUGGACUGAGCUACAAUUUCAACCUUUCUGGAGCCUCAGGAUUCGUUUAUUCUGAUCUCAUCACGCCGUCAAGUGCCGUUUCUUCCAAUCAACGAAUAGCAUUUUACGUGACGGUUCAAAAUGAGGGUCCGAUUGCUGGCGAGGAGGUAGUCCAGGUUUACACACAAUGGUUGAACAGGACGGAGACCGAUAAUUCAUGGAAUGAUCCGCUCAUUCAACUGGCUGGAUUCGAACGAGUCAAACUAGAUGUUGGGGAAUACAAACAAUUGAAAUUCACAUUGAUCCCGUCGGAGCACUUGGCAGUCUGGUCUCUUUCGGAGAACACGAUGAUACCUGGUCGGGGUGUUCUACAAAUUUCCAUCGGCGGACAACAGCCGAAUCAACGUAUCUCAGUCGGAUCAAACGUAUUGUCCGCUUCACUAGAAAUCCUCUAAUAUCCAUUUUGAGAUUCUCUUGAACUCCAGUAACGAACGAGUUUUUUUGAAUGUCCAUAACUCUUCGCUCAUUGCAUAAUCAUAGUAGAUGUCCUCCAUGCAAAUCUAUUUCUCGUCGCUUUGCUUUUAAAUACGGUUUUCUGUUAUCAAGCUUUGUUCUUGAGAGUCAAACACAUCAAGAUUCACUGCGCUAUUAUUUCGUCCAUCACUGUUUCUGAAAUUUAUAUAUUUUCACUAACACCCGUUAAGCUACAUCCAAC